CAGUUCACCCUUUCAACCUGAUGCGCAUUGCCAUUGGACGUAUCGAGGGUUGGACUCCAGCAGCCUGCAGCCUGUUAUUCAACCGCAGCGUGCGCGUCUGGCCAGUCGUCCCCUCGUUGUGCGCUGGAUAUGGAUCAGGACGCAGCGCGCUUCCCUGCUGUCUCCCGCGGAAAGGCUGCACUCUGCGGCUCAUAAAACAGCUGCACAAAUGAACCACCGACCGCCUGGCUCUUCCGGCGUGCAAUGGCUUAACAGGAGAGACAUGAGUGUCCGGACGGAUGACAGCAUCACCUUGUGCCAAAGGGCUCUCCAUAUCAUUUCGGAACUUUGUCUCACGGGACACGUAGACAGGGAGAAAUGUGCGGAUAUAUUUCCACUGGAGAGCACCAUACCAGGUAAAGGACACGCAGACAUCUCUAUUAGUCUGCUUGCUGUGGUCGUGGGUUUCUGUGGCCUCGCCCUGUUGGUAGUAUCUCUCUUUGUCUUUUGGAAGCUGUGCUGGCCCCUCUGGAGGAGCAAGACUCUGACAAACCACGCUGAAAAUGGCCUCCGCGUGGGUUUCCCCGAGGUCCCACAGCCAAACUCCCCUCCGGUUAACGAGUGUAAAGCAUUGGAGGCUGAGAGGAAGUACCCGCUGGAGGUGAAGAUGAAUGGGCGGAGCUCUGUAAAGCUCCUGGAGGCGGCCAUGAAGAUCAGCCAGACGUCUCCAGACAUCCCAGCGGAGGUGCAAACAGCCCUGAGGGAGAAGCUGAGCCAACAGGCGAAGAUCCAGAGGCAGACCACAGAGCCAACGUCCUCCUCCAGACACAAUUCAUUCCGGCGCCACCUGCCUCGUCAGAUGAAUGUCAACAGCUUUGACUUCAGCAUGGACACAGUACCUCUUCGGCAAUCUUCAACAGUGAGCAUUGGAAGAAUAAAACCAGAACUCUACAAGCAGAAAUCUGUGGACUCAGAGGGUGAGGAAAAAGAGCCUGUAGAGACUUGUGGGAAGCUCAGCUUCUCACUGCAGUACGACUAUGAGGAACAAUCAUUGGUAGUAAGAAUCCUUAAGGCCUUGGACCUACCUGCUAAAGACUUCACGGGCACCUCCGACCCGUACGUGAAGAUCUACCUGUUACCAGAGAGAAAGAAGAAGUUCCAGACACGAGUCCAUCGCAAGAAUCUGAACCCCACGUUUGAUGAGGCUUUCUGUUUCCCCGUGGCGUAUGAUGAGGUUUGCAACCGCAAGCUGCACUUCAGUGUCUAUGACUUUGACCGCUUCACCAGCCACGAUAUGAUUGGUGAGGUGGUGGUGGACAACCUCUUUGAACUCUCAGAUCUUUCCAGGGAGGCAGUGGUUUGGAAGGAUAUUCAUGCAGCAACUACGGAGAGUGUUGACCUGGGAGAGAUCAUGUACUCGUUGUGCUACCUCCCCACAGCAGGGAGAAUGACCCUAACAGUCAUCAAAUGCAGAAACCUCAAAGCCAUGGACAUCACAGGCUCUUCAGAUCCUUAUGUGAAGGUUUACCUGAUAUGUGAUGGACGAAGACUGAAAAAGCGGAAAACGACAACCAAGAAAAGCACACUUAAUCCAGUAUACAACGAGGCCAUCAUCUUUGACAUCCCCCCAGAGAACGUGGAACAAGUCAGUCUGUCCAUCAUGGUGAUGGAUUAUGAUCGGGUUGGACACAAUGAGGUGAUAGGCGUGUGUCGCACCGGGCCAGAUGCCGAGGGUCUUGGACGGGAUCACUGGAAUGAAAUGUUGGCUUAUCCGCGGAAGCCCAUCACACACUGGCACGCUCUAGGAGAGUGGCCGGGAAGAGCAACAAGCUUUGAGAGUCAAGGUUCGUGCCCUUCGCCCAAACCGCCACAGACGCCUUGAUGGUCCCAGGUAGAGAUAAAACCACCUGUGUAAGAAAUAAGAGUUUAGAGUUUUUAUGAAGCUGUGGUGCCUACCAGUUUCCUGUGAGCAUGUUGUGUUAAAAUUCAUUCAUUUCUUAUAUAUGUUUUAGAAACAAUGCUGUAUUGAAAUUGUUUUUAAUUCGUUCAUCUGAACUCCAACUCUUCUGGCUAUGCACAGCACUUACUGUCUUUUAAAGUUUGUUUUUCAUAUGUUCACUUUGAGACUCCCAGAAAAGCUGUAUUUGCCAAACAUUUACACAGGCAACAGCUUCAUUGCAAGAAGCCUCACUGCCUCGGGAUAUGCCCCAAAAGCUCUUUAGUGAGAUAGCACUUUGAAAGGGUGAACAGUUAAAGUGUUAAAGUGUGAAAAAAUGUCAGGAAAAAACUGACAAGAUACAAAAAAGCCACUGAAUCACUGAUUUAUAGCCAGGUUUGAUAUGAAUGCUGGUAACUGUAUCCUCAAGGGCUGGUUAAAUAUCUUUAAAUUCAGCUGCAGAAACUGUCGUAAAUGUGUCAAAGUAAUUAUUAACCAGCCAUUGUUACAUGCAGACAUCAGGGCUGUCAGAUUUAGAGAACCUGUAGCAGAUACAUGUAGCUAAAAUAUGUACAGAUAUAAAGUACAGUCUCACUUUGUGGGGUCAAAAGUCUUUCAAUAAAUUGUAUGUCAAACCCCUUGAAAAACUUUAAUUCUACGUUGGUUAAUAUUAUGGCUCCACAUUCUACCAUACAUGUUGGUUGGAUUAAGGUCUUUUAAUGGUUGUUACUAAAAAUAUAAAUACAUUUGCCAGUAUUAAAGAAACAUUUUAGAUCGUAGCUUAUAUGAUAGAUAGAUAUAGACCAGCAGGCCUGUAGAAGUUGAUCCUUCUUUAAUCAAUUUGAUUAAAUACCAAAAAUGUAAGGAAUGGAUUUUUUUAAAAUAAAGUAAAAUGGACCAUGGAUAGAGAAAAUGGCCAUAUUUCAAAGUAAGACAUCAUAUUUGAUAACCCAUUAUGAUCUACCUUUAGACAACAGCUACUGCUAGCCAUUGAGCUAGUCCUUUGUUACAUUUGGUUAGCGUACAGUGCAUUUGCUAGGGUACAAAAACUAGUACAUUUUUCAAAAC